GACGGUGGACGAUCCGCCGCCGAGGCCAGAUGCGUACUCGUACGGAGUGAGGACAAACCAUGGGCCUGACUCGACCGCGGCUCUGAUGAAGCUGCCGUACAAGUCGGAGCUCCUGGCGGAGGCCGAGGAGAUCUACGAGGAGGCCACCUUCAAGGGGAGGGUGUACCGGCGGCUGGGUGCAGCGCCGGCAACGUCGCGUGGCGCAAAGCUUCCGCAAGCUGUCCGCAAUCCAGAGUACCGCUUCGGCAUUGCCUCGGACUCGUCGAUGUCGGCCAAGGAGCUCAUCCAGCCAUCUGACGGCGAGAACGUCGAGGAGACCGAUCCACGCAUUGUGGAGAUGUACAAAAAGUCGCACCGGGCAUACGCGCCUGGCGAGCAAGUCCGCACUGGGCUCUCGAUGCGCAACAUCGAUCCUGCCACCCACCGGUUCGGGGCGCGGGCGGAGCGCUCGUACAACGAGGGCGGCGUCGCCGGCGUCCUCACCUGGACCAACGACGUGGAAGGUGGCGACCACACGGCGGUGCUUGUGCCCAAGCACAUGGCCGAGCUCCACGCCAAGACCCAGCCACGGGUCGGCGUUUCGCGCUCGCGGGCGCUGCUGGCCACCGGCGAGGUGCCGGACAAGGCCUUUGGCACCGUCUCGCGGACCGACUCGAUCGGAGCCGGCGAGCUCAUCCACAACUCGCUGCCUUCAGAGCUGCUCGCCGAGGAUCCGUCGCUGGGCAGGCCAGAGGUGCCCAAGGGCCGUCCGCGGGGCACUGGCCGCGUUGACCGCGACCGCGUCUACGGCGUGCCGUCCAUCCGGUCCGACGUCCCACCUCCGGGCGUCCGCAAGCUCGACGACCGUCAGAAUUACGGCGACGAGAAGGGCGCGUGGGAGCUGCUCAACCCUUCGCCAUACCACACCAUCGGUGUCACCGAGGACGACUUUCUUACUCCGCUACCCAAGGCCGAGCUCCGCGACAUUGUCUCUGGUGCCGGCAUCGACCUCACGCCGGCAGUCUUUGACUCGGUCCACACCGCUGCUGCUGCUCUUGAUCCCAAUGGUCUUGUCUCCAUCGAGACCUUCCGCAAUGUUCUCGAUGAGUUCCGUGCCCGCGGCAUGGCCUAA